AUGGCAACAAGUAGUGCAGUUGUAAAUAGUAAGAAAUGGGAGGAUGCACAAGAAAAGGCAUUUACAAAUUGGGUAAAUUCAUUGUUGAAAAAAGUUGGAAAAAGAGUGGAUAAUAUGUCGACGGAUUUCAAUGAUGGCGUUACAUUCAUACAGUUUCUAGAGUUACUGAGUAACAAAAAGUGCAAACACAAAUACAAUCCCGAGCCAAAAGACAAGAUCAACAAGAUUCAGAAUCUUCAUAUUGAAUGGAUUCCGCGAUGGUCAGGCAUUUCUGGCGAUGGCUCAGAAGCUGUCGUCCGACAACGACGGAUUGUCUGCGUUGUCCGGUCUUGA